GGAUCGCACGCCCGCGUUUCGGGAGAGCGGCGCUUCUGUUCCUCGACGGAAAAGGCACUAAAAACUGCCCUUGGCACUAUGGAAGCACUCAGGCAAAACAGUCAUCUCCUGAGACCCUUGAGGAACUACUGGGCAAAGUGAUGGAAAUGAAGAGCUUCAACCAUCGGCUCAGCAUGGCGGCAGCUGAAUCUGACAAAGACUCUGGAUAUUCAGAUGGAAGUUCAGAGUGCCCAAGUGCUAUGGAGCAGACGGACUCUGAGGAUGUGCUGAAUACGUUGUGUUGGAAUGCAGAGGAUGGACCUUGGCAAUGCCCGAGGACCACAAGCAGCUCCUUUCCUGCACUUUCUCCUAUGGUCGUAAUGAAAAAUGUGUUAGUUAAGCAGGGGAGUUCAUCACAGCUCCAGUCUUGGACUGUGCAGCCAUCCUUUGAAGUGAUUCCAGCUCAGCCACAGCUAGUGUUUCUUCGUCCAUCAAUCCCACCUCCCAUUAGUCCUCACCCUGUUGGGAAAAAGAGAAGUGACUCCACUAAUUAUUUGCCCAUCCUGAAUUCUUAUCCCAAAAUAGCACCACAACCCUGCAAAAGAGAUCACUCCUUUGAUCUAGAAGAAUGUCAGGAAACCACUUGCCAUAAACGACUCUGCACAGAAGCACCCAAGAUGGAGACUUCUUCUGUAUUGAUGAGCACAGGCUUGCCUACUAGUCCUUUUGCCCACCUACCAGUUAGCUUUAAGACCCCUCAGGAUUCUAACCAGCAAAGUUCUUCAGCUCUGGUGACAAGUGGAAAACUGUCAGCUGUUUCUGGUUUUCAUCAUGUUUCCAGUGACACUCAGAAAGUGCCAGGUUUGACUCCCCUUUUGCCUUUCGGAACUCUGCAGGCAGCAAAGUGCACCCUUCAUGAGAGUGAGGGUGCAUCACAGACUACAAUGCAGUCUGCAGUGUGGAGCCCCCCUCUGAUACCAGAAGAGAUUUGCACUACCCCUGAGCUGCUCUUGCAGCAACAAAGCAGGUGCAGACGCUUUCAGAAUACGCUUGUUGUGCUACGCAGGUCGGGAUUGCUGGAGAUCACUUUAAAGACCAAGGAGCUCAUUCAUCAGAACCAACUGACUCAGGCUGAGCUGGACCGGCUGAAGCACCAAACACAACUUUUCAUAGAGGCAAUAAAGAACAAUGCUCCACAGUCAUGGGCAGAGCUAGAAGCCUCUCUAACAGGGUCUGACAAAGCUGAUAGCAACCUCGAAGACCCCACAUAUCCCAACAUGUAGUAAAAAGGUGCAUAGCUGUUGGUCAACUUAUUUCUGUGCCUCCUUUUUCCCGUCUCAAACUUUUACUUGAGCAGUUUUUGAGUCCAAGUCACAUUGCCAUUAACAAUUUGUCUUCAGGGCCAGCUGUGGGACUGGAAUAGUAUGGUGGGUUCUUGACAGAAUGGGUACUUAGUACUGCAGUGUGACUUGAACUCCAUGCUAACUCUGUAUAAUUCCUUGGACUCGAGAAGCGUGGAUGUGCUCUGCUGGCACAUUCCCAUUCUUGCAGUGAAAAGACAGUCAUUUGCAGUAUUCUGCAAGCAUCUUCCUAUUCCCAUCUUCAGAUAGUCAGUUCUGAGAGUGCAACAGCAGAACAGGCCCCACUGUUGGGCCAUCAUCAAUGCCAAGUAGGCAAAGGGGGUUGGUAUGAGGAGAGGAAACAAUGUUGGUGGGGUGGUAUCUUCAGGUUGUUGCUGUCUUUUCUGGUAGCAGAGAGGCUGGCUUUGGGGUUUUAAUUCAUUUGAAUUAGUGGAAAUCUGGUUGUGGUGAAGAGGCAUUCUGUAUUCAUUGCAGUCUUUGGUAAGGUGAUGAGUGUCUUAGGACCCAAGUGAAAUGGCGUGUUUUGAUGAGUAUACUUUAGAUUUUGAUCUGUAUGGUUGGAGUGAAUAAAAAUCACAAGGCUUGCACUGGAAGUGUUUGUUUCAAAGCCAUGUGCAUUAAUGGUAAGAAGUGUACAAGGAUGGUGGCUUUGCAUUUUCUCAGUAGCUGACAGAUUAAACAUUCAUAUUAACAGCUGCAGUGAUAUAAAAAAAAAGGACAAGGAAGAUAUUCAUUCACCAGGAUUAAUUUGACAAGACUAAUUGCAUAUUACGUGAUAUGUAUGUCUUUAUAAAGCCCAUUUUCUUCUGCGAAAUCAGGUUUCCAAGUAUAAAAAAAGAGAGAUGAAAUGAGAGGAGCUUAAUGGUCUGGGGUGAAGUUCUUCUCCCAUCCCCUUCCAUCUCUUUUUUUUUUAUUUAGAGAAAUCAGGUGCAUGUAGUAGGGGUGGGGAUGUGUCAGCUUGGAUAAACUCCCUAAAAAUUUUAUCCACCUAAGCCUGAACUUCAAAAAACCCAACAAACUCCGGAACAUUUUUUCCUCCUCAUAGAUUUAUAUCGUUCCUAGCCUGCUUGAGAUAUAGCUAACACUACUGUGUGCGUAAGAUAGUGGCCUAAGAUAUCUUGCUAGUGGAGAUCCACAGUAGUCACGUUAGAAAAGCUGUUUUACAGAUAUUUAUUUCUUUUCAGUUUAUGUAUACACUUUACUAUGUCACUCCCUCCAGUCUGAAGGGUUUUUUCCAGAGCGGUCUGUGUAGAAAACUGAGAAUGGCUUUGUCUAAGAACAUUAAAUAUAUCUAUGAUAUAUUCCUUUCUGUGUGACAAUAAUUUCAGUGUGCCAUCUAGGUGACUGGGUAUUUUGAUGCUUUGAUUACUUCUGUGAUCUGUUUCAGAUUUUUAAAAAAGAAACUUGAAACUACAGUGGUUGUCUUGCUAAUUUGUGAGUAGACCUUUUCAUUUUCUGAUGCCUCUGGGUGUCAAUAUUGCAGAAGACUGUAGAGAAUGCUUUUGUAGUCUUCCUCAAAUAGGUGCAUUAGAGAAAUUGUAAGGGACUUCUCUCUCAUAGGGGAUUUCACCCUUUUUACACUGAUGAAAAGAAAUGCUGUACAUGUCUUACAAAGAGGAAGCACAUGAGUCUUAUUUGUACUAGCCAUGGGCCUAGAGAGAAAUACUGUAGUAUGGUUUGCCCUAGUGGAGCUGUAGCAAACUAGUAGCCACACCUUUCAUGGGAUCUUGCCCACCUGCUGAAGACUGGUACAGUACGUGGGAAUUGAUUAAAAGUGUUCAUAGACUGUUCUGUCAUGUAUUUUUUUAAAUAUACCUGCCAUAGUUGUGAUACUAGGAUGUCUCAGAUCUCACAGCCCAGCAAUACCGAAACUCAGCCAGCAAAGCAGCAGAGUGCAGUGUAACAAUGUAGGACAUGUCCGAUCUGGACGCAGUCUAUCGGUUGUGACAUCUGCACCAAAUGACAUUUGGCAGGAUAGAUGUGAUGGUGCCUUUAGGCCAUUUAGGAGAGAAGAUGAGUUUGUUUCUUCUGAGCUUCUUACAAGGAGAGGAGACAGUUCCAUUGAUCAGAUAUAUAUAACAGACCUAGAGAUGUGAGGUAUGAGAAAGAGCAUAGGAUAUUUUUCCUACUUUUCCUAAAGUUCUUAUUCUACCUAUUAAAUGGAGAGGAGAAUUUGAAGUUCAGAAUAUGUAUUUUAAGUAAUGACUGUCCUAGAAAACAAGGUGAUGGGCUCAGGCUACCUACAGAUAAAAGGAAGUCAGAAAAAUGAAGUCCAAUCUUAGCUGUUUGAGAGAUAAGGAAAAAUUAGUCUACUGAUGACCUCUUCUCCAUCCUAUUUCCACCGCUCUGAUGGAGUAAAAAGGAAUUAAAAACUUCCCUUGCAGGGUAAUGCUAUCUGACUUAGGGAGACUUCAGCUGAUGGAAAUCUCUCAUAAUCUUCAUAGUACCACAUGUAUUUUUUCCCCUGACAGCACUGAGGGUGGGCUGAGGUGGGUGUGCUUACAGCUAAUGGGCCUUUCAGCUGGUGUAAUUUGUAUAAAUAUAUAUUCAAUAAAUCUGUGAAUAAAGUCCAGCAGCUGGUUAGAAAUCUCCUACUGGGCAUCAGUCCAAACUUAAAUAGUAUUUUCUGAACUAGAAAAAUUCACUCUGGAAAAAUUCUGUGUAAAUCUGGAGUCUCUUAGGAACCAUGUCCCUAGAUAAUGACAAAUCUUGAUGCAACAUCUAUUAAAAAAAAAAAAAGUAUGUUGAAGGCCCCUGGUGAUAAAUAUAUCAUCAGGUACCAUUCUGUUCAGAUUCUCUUAACUGCCUUUAUUCCUGGAACCCCUCCUAAAGCUUUAAACAAUAAGGACUUUCCUUUCUUGGCUACACUGUAAUAAAAUAGGUUAGCUUGGAAAUGCGGUGAUAAAAUUAGUUGACUACAUCAGGACCAGAAUAGGUCCUGAUUCUGGCCAGAAUCUAGAAGUGGUACAGUAGAUCUGAACAGAGACAUUAGCCUCUGAUUGGAAAGCUGUAAGCAAUGAACUUACAGAUUUUUUUGAUCUUCAUAUUAACAGGUUAGCUGAAGACAGCUAUCCUAGUCUAUACAGUCAGCUGAGUGGCCUGCUGCGUCUUCAGUUGCUGCUGACAACUAGCAGGCAAAGUAGCUUGAUGGGUCAGGCAGACUGCUGUUUUUCUAUUAUGUUUUAAUAAAUGUUGGUAUUUUUGAUUACUUUUGCUAUGUCUUUUUGAAAUUCUGCUGUUCUAUUUGGAAUGUAAAUAUUUUCCAUACUUUCAAAGUCCAUUGCUAGCUCUGAAUACAAUAGCCUAAGAACUCUGUUAUAAAACAUGACCUUUUUGCUAAAACUUUACAGAAAAAGACUGUGAAAUAUGAAUGAAAUAAAAUAUGUACUUGAAAAGUU